AUUAAUAUUACAUUUAUAUGGGGGGAAAAUCUUAAAUUGUACAAUCAGACGCGAAUUGACUUUUUAAAACAUCGAUUACUGGAAAAAAAACAUGGUAACCGAACCGAACGAUGAGUUUUUUUCUGGACGUGUGUGAGGAUUUCAAUACGGGGAUUUUCCAAGUACUCAGCAAUUAACUGUAGGACAAACUCCAGGUUUGCUGAAGAACAGUAUCACACGAGCUGUGCAAACAGUCUAUCAACACACAAACAAGAGAGGUUAGAUUACAGCAGGCGACAACAGCUGUGUACGUAUAGCACAUAUCACCAGCACUGUGGUUGACAAUAGAUUUCAAAUAAACUGGAGAAACGGUUCUUUUUUUCUCUAUUGUUCUAACACUUGGUCGUGACUUCUUGAUCAAUAGAUCGUUUUGCUUGGCUUCAUCCCCUCUCUGAAAACAGUUCAUUGAUUUGAAUUCUUAACAUGAAAAUGGGCGAUUUAGGGACAUCUGUCAUUGUUGUAUGCAUUUGGCCCUUAAUCAUUGUGGAUAAAUUUUGCUGAAUUCUACUUCAAGGAAACUGACCCCAUCUUACAGAACUCCGGAGCAGUGUGUUAAAUAUAGAUCCUCAAGCCGGUUAGAAUUUACCAGUGCUCUUAGGAACUGAUUGACAGCGACACAUUGACUAAAAAAGAAUGGUCUUACACAGGACUCAGAAAGGAGUAAUACAUUGAAGAGCGUUUCCCACACAGAAAAAAAAAGCGAAUGUCAAAAAGUUUGAGAAAGUUUAUAUAAUUCCAGAUACCAGGAGAAAAUUGAAGGGUAAAGGGACUCCAUCUUGAUCCAGAGGGGUUCCUGUUACGACGUCAGCUUUCUGAUGGGAGCUGGUUAUUUUCUGACCCUUAAAUUCAAUCCCUCUUCACAAGGUCAUCUCCACGACGCGGAACUGUCGUUUCACCGCCGCAAGGAAAACUAAGAGCCAUGGCGACGAAUUCAGUGACUGGAGGCGGAGAGGAACACCUGAGGAACGAUGUUAAAACGCCGAUAAACACAGCUGGAGGUAAAGGGGAAAGUAAUGAAGAGAAGGCAGGAACCAACCUGGUGGCUAGCAAACGUGUCACACUGGGCAAACACUGGAAUGAAAGAAUGCUUGAGUUUAAAGAAUUUCUAUGGAACCCAGCCAGGAAAGAAUUCAUGGGAAGAACAUCCAAGAGUUGGACUCUUAUUCUACUGUUUUAUGUCUGUUUAUAUUCCUUCUUGGCUGGGAUGUUUGCUCUCUGCUUUUAUGGGAUGCUAUCAACAUUGAGUCCAUAUACGCCAAAAUAUCGUGACCGUAUCAACAAUCCAGGGGUGAUGAUACGUCCGGAUGUUGGUGGAUUUUCAAUCGCGUUCAACCCAGCAGAUGAGAGCACGUGGUCGCAGUACGUGCAAAACUUGCACCAGUUCCUUGCACGUUAUAAUGACAGUAUCCAGGCAAUUAACAACAUUCCAUGUGCCCCUGGGAGAUACUUCAUGCAAACCGGUAAUGAAAGUGAAGAAAGACGGGCUUGUCAAUUUAAUCGAACUAUGCUGGAAAACUGUUCUGGAAUUAAAGAUGCAACUUUUGGAUACUCCAGCGGAAAGCCCUGCAUUCUUCUAAAGAUGAACAAAAUCAUUGGGUACUUGCCUGGCAAAGGAGUCAAACCCUAUGUGAGCUGUGAAAUGAUGAAAGGAAACAACAAUGUUACAAUUCACUUCUAUCCACGUGAGGGAGCCUUUGAUCUUAUGUACUUUCCUUAUUACGGCAAACUGACACAUGUAAAUUACUCAAGCCCGCUGGUGGCAAUGCAAUACGAACUGAAGGAGAAAAACUCUGAAGUCUGGCUUCAAUGCAAAAUAAAUGGGCGUGGCAUCAAAAACGACAUCGUUCAAGACAGAUAUUCGGGCAGAAUUUUUUUCACUCUCAACAUCAAGGAAUAACAUGAGAUGUGGGCUUCUGUAUGAAAGAUUCGGAGAAUGGUUCUGCGCCGAUGACUUGGUUUCUUAGCUGAGUAUUUGGAAGACUUGUGUUGAUAGCAUAACUAUUUUAUUGCUAAGGUACAGAAACUUAAUAGACUGAUCCCAAACCCCCUGAAUUUAUUGGUAGAAGGUUUGUUUGAAUCUGUGUUAGUUUUGGUAUGCCAAUGGUAAAUAUAUCUCUGUACAGUCUCCACUAUAUUAAAAUUAUAAUUGUUUACUUUCAGUCAAAUUACAUAAACUAUGGAUGAGAUAAUUACUCUACUUCUCAUUCAAUAAUUACUUGUUUUGAAUUUGGUUGGAAUUUCUACAGAGUGGCUCACAAUAAAUGUUUUAUAUUGAAAUUA